AUGAGCCUCGAAGCGACUGCGGGAACGCGGGAAGGCCGCGCGCGGUCCCGGAGCGAAGCGACGCUCCAUGAGCCCCGCGGCGACGCGAGCCCCGUGCGCUGCGCGGCCGCCGAGACGAUGAUGAUCCUCUUCAUGAACUCGUCCAAGGAAGCGGAAGAGCGCUUGACACAGGAGCAGAAGGACGACAUGAAGAUGGUCCGGAAGAUUCGCCCAAAGAAGUACGCGAAGAAGGCGGAGGCGCCGGCAAUGGACGACGUCGAGAACAAGAAGACGCGGCGACACAGCAUGGACGCCAAGCCCAAGGGCAAGCUCUGCGCCAAGAAGGUGCUGCAGCCACUCUCGUGCUUCCAUAAUGGUAGCGAGAUGGCCAAGGCGCCGGACGCGGCCGACAUGAUGACGCCGCUUGAAGCCGCCCGAGCGCUGCACAGCGCAGACGGGAUCACGACCUAUGGCUCGCCGUAUGUCAACGAAAACCUCCGCAGCAGCCGCUUCAUGGGGGACCACAGCAGCGUGCCCGCCGAGAAGCGCGCGCGCAGCCCCGAGCGCGAGGACACGUCAGCCAAGUACCGCUUCACGUCGGACAUGAGCCUUUCCCUCGAGGACCAGCUGCACAUGGUGUCCAACCCGUCGUACAGCCGCAAGGAAAAGUCGCUCGGGCUGCUCUGUGAGAACUUUCUCCGGCUCUACUGCAACGACGACGUGCAGGACGUGUGCUUGGACAUUGCCGCCAACAAGCUUGGCGUCGAGCGGCGACGCAUCUACGACAUUGUCAAUAUCCUCGAGAGCAUCCACAUUGUGAGCCGGAAGCGCAAGAACCUGUACAACUGGCACGGGCUCAAGUCGCUGCCGACGACGAUCCACGAAAUGAAGGCGCGGUAUGCGCGGACGCCGGAAGCGCUCAUCGAAGAGUUUGUCGGGUGCAGCGGCGGCGACUACAAGUCGCGCCGGAGGGGCAAGUCACUCGCGCAGCUCAGCCAGCUCUUUGUCAAGCUCUUCCUCGAUAAGGAGCACAUCAUCAUUCCUCUGGACCUCGCGGCCAAGGAGCUCAUCGAGCGCGACGACCCGCGCGGCGAAAUUGGCGGCAACGUGUUGAAAACCAAGAUCCGCCGGCUCUACGACAUUGCCAACGUCCUCGUCAGCGUUGGCCUCAUCGAGAAGGUGCUCGUGCCGCACUGCCGGAAGCCGCUCUUCCGCUGGUUUGGCGGUCGCUUCAACCCUGACAACGCGGCGCCACGGCAAUGGGCGUCCGACGACGACGACCAGCGGUCGACCGCGACGUCGCCCGACUCGAGUGACUCGGAGGCGUACCCGAGCGCGGCGCCAGCGAGCGCCAGCAUGGCGUCCCUCUUCCAAGCCCGUAGUCAAAUGCUCGAGAAGGACAACGAGCGUCUCAGUUCGCUCCUCGUGAGCGCCCACGGCGAGCUCAUUAGCAUGAACUCGACGUCGCCGCAGUCGGUCGCCGACUUGGCCGCGGCCGCGUGCAUACCUGCUUCGUCCAAGGUCUAG